UCAUUCUCUCUCUGAGGAAACAUGAAGUCCGUAGCAUGGAAGCCCGUGCAAUGGCCAUUGCAGCUUCUCUGUUUCAGAUGAGCUCAGCAAUGGGGGUAAAUGAGCCCCUCUCAGCUGAGGACAAGGUCAUCAAGCUCCCUGGGCAACCUCAGGUCAGCUUUGAGCAGUACUCAGGCUACAUCUCAGUGGACAAGAUGAAGCAGAGAGCUCUGUUCUAUUACUUCGCUGAAGCUGAGAUUGAUCCAGCCACAAAACCUUUAGUUCUCUGGUUGAAUGGAGGACCUGGUUGUUCUUCAGUUGGGGUUGGUGCAUUCUCAGAGAAUGGGCCUUUUAGACCCAGUGGGCAGAUGCUAGUCAGAAAUGAGUACAGUUGGAACAGAGAAGCGAAUAUGUUGUUUUUGGAGUCACCAGCAGGAGUUGGGUUCUCUUAUUCCUCUGAUAACUCCUAUUAUGGUGGAGUUGAUGAUAACAUGACUGCUAUGGACAAUCUUGUGUUUCUUCAACGCUGGUUUGAGAAAUUCCCACAAUAUAAUAAUAGGGAUCUCUACAUAGCUGGAGAAAGCUAUGCAGGUCACUACAUUCCUCAGCUUGCCAAUCUCAUGGUUCAGUUCAACAGGAGAGAAAAAAUCUUCAACCUCAAAGGAAUUGCUUUAGGCAAUCCUGUUCUUGAGUUUGCCACUGACUUCAACUCAAGGGCUGAGUAUUUCUGGUCUCAUGGAUUGAUCUCUGACUCUACGUACCAUAUUUUCACAUCAGUAUGCAACUACUCUCGAUAUGUUGGAGAGUAUUAUAGAGAUUCUCUUAGCCCUAUUUGUGAAAGAGUGAUGAGCCAAGUUACUAAAGAAACCAGCAGAUUUGUUGACAAGUAUGAUGUUACCUUAGAUGUUUGCAUUUCAUCGGUGCUCUCACAAUCCUUGGUUCUAAGUCCUCAACAAGUUACUGAGAGAAUAGAUGUUUGUGUGGAAGAUGAGACAGUGAACUAUCUUAAUCGCAAAGACGUGCAAGAAGCACUACAUGCUCGACUCGAAGGUGUGACAAAAUGGACUGUAUGUAGCAGUGUACUUGAAUACGAGCUCCUCAACUUGGAGAUACCCACUAUAUCGGUUGUGGGUUUGCUGGUUAAGUCUGGGAUCCCCGUCUUGGUUUACAGUGGUGACCAAGACUCUGUCAUACCCUUAACUGGGAGUCGAACACUAGUACAAAGACUAGCAAAUGAACUACGACUGAACACUACGGUUCCUUACAGAGUUUGGUUUGAGGGACAGCAGGUUGGAGGAUGGACUCAAGUAUAUGGAGGCAUGCUCUCAUUUGCUACGAUAAGAGGAGCCUCUCACGAAGCUCCAUUCUCUCAACCUGCAAGAUCUCUUGGGCUCUUCAGAGCUUUUCUCACGGGCAAGCCAUUGCCCGAAGCAUUCUGAUGGUUUCUCAGGAAAAGCAGUGUGCGUGUGUAUAUGGGGUUUCUUUCUAUGUAAGCGAGGUUAGCAUUCUUUUAUGUGGUUUGCCUGUGUACUGGAACUGCAAGUUGGAGAAAUUGUGUGAUGAGCAUGCAGAAUGUAUGUUUUUGAUAAACUACCAUCUUGUGGUUUCAGUUCAAAUUUGUAGUUGCAGUUCAGAAAGUGUAAUCUAUAUCUUGGCUAUCACUUUGAAUUCAUAUUUUGUUUUCUCA